AUGAGGACGGAGAUGGUCAUCAGGAUCCAGAUCAGCUCUGAGAAGGGCCAUUCCAAGGCUAUCAAGGUGGCUGCUGCGGUCACCGGGGUGGAGUCUGUCACGAUCGCCGGCGAGGACAAGAACCUGCUGCUGGUCAUCGGCGCCGGGGUCGACUCCAACCGCCUCACCGAGAAGCUGCGCCGGAAGGUGGGCCACGCGGAGGUGGUGGAGCUGCGCACCGUCGACGACGACGACUUCGCCGGCGAGUACCACCCGUACCGCUACCACCCGAGCCCGAGCCCGUACAAGCAUGUGACCGCGCGCGACAUGUACUACACGGGGAGCUACCCGCCGCAGCAGCACUCCGGGAGCGGUCGGGACCACUACCACAACGCCGGCUCGUACCCUCCGACAACGGGCGGGCGAGACUACUACAGCUACGGCGGCGGCGGCGGCGGCGGCGGUGGCGGUGGCGGCUACCCGGCACAGUACCAGCAGCAGGGUUACUACUACCCGCAGCAGCCGGCGGCGAACACGCACACGGUGGUGCACCAUGGGUACUCGGAUGACGCCAACAGCUGCUCCAUCAUGUAG